AAAUUCUUUGUUGUCUUUCUCUUCUCUGUGUUUCACAAGUUAUUCCCCUUUAUUUGGAAAAUGAUCUCAACACGUAUUAAGGAAUAUUCUUUUUUUAGUAGAAAGAUCGUCUUCAUACAACUUGAGAUUAGAGUGUGGGAUUUGGAACUUGCCAUGUACAGUAUCGAAAUGGGAAAUACUCACCUUUUGAAGAGUCGACUUUAUGCACCAGGUUGUGGUUGGAUAUUGCUAAACUUUCACGUGAAUCAAAGGUAUUCCAUUUACUCAACUAGAAGAUCAUCUCCUUCGAGUUGUAUUCGUGGUUAUCCAUCUGUACUGUACUGUGUCAAAGGACAAUUUGUUUCUGUAAAGAUAAUCUCACCAACUCGGCGAGAUUUACGUUUGACACAAAAGGAUCUUAUGGAACAGUUUUGUGUAAACAGUGUGGUUUCCUUUGAGGGAAUGGAGAAGGCUCCAAUAACGAAUGACAACAAGUCUCUUGAGUGGCACGAGUUUCCCUGGCGUUCUUUGCCACCAUUAUUGGAUCCUCAGAAGCUUCCGAGACAUAUUGCAGUAAUUAUGGACGGUAAUGGUCGUUGGGGUCUUAACCACUCUAACUGUAGAACACACGGUCACCAGGCAGGUGUAGCUGCUCUGGAAGAACUAAUUGAUUGUUGUGUACAUUGGCAGAUACCACUAGUCACUGUGUUUGCUUUCUCUUUUGAAAAUUGGAAGCGACCCAUUGAAGAAAUUGACUUUUUGUUUCUAUUGUUCCAAGAGACGGUUUCUCACAAGUUGCGAAGGCUUGUAGAGGAAAAUAUUCGAAUUCGAUUUAUCGGAAAUAUGGAAGACUUACCCUCCUCGCUACGGCAAAGUAUCUUCGAUGCUGAAGAGUUGUCUCGUACCAAUUCAUCUUUGGAGUUGACGAUAGCAUUGAAUUAUAGUGGCAGACAAGAUAUUGUGAAUGUUACUCGUAGAAUGCUGACAGAUGUUGAACAAGGUCGUUUGCAUUCUUCACAAAUAGAUGAGAGACUGUUUCAUGAAUACAUGCAAAGUAAGUGGAGACUUUGAUUCAAGAUGUUGAUUCUAACUGCUAUAGAAUACUCUAUCACUGACCCAGAUUUGCUGAUUC